UGAAAAGACACUGUGGAGUGGGAGUCGGAUUGGGGCUGCGAGACUAACAAACCUGGCCACCAUUUUAAUUGAACCCCAAUCGAACAGCUGACGUACCGCAGGCCCCGUUAGUUUUUCCUGAUCGUGUUGCAUAUCAUAUCUCCCAUUACAAAGCUGUAGUCGAAUCAAACCGUCCAUUGCUUUUAUUUUGCUCCGCGGGUGCCAACGAACUCGCUGGGCUUUUAUAACACCACCGCCUUCAUCCUUUCAUUCAGUUCAGUUCAGUUUGCUCUCUGGGAUAAGCAGUAUGAAAAACGUUUUGGAUGUAAUGUCGUUGCAGCAGCACGUGGAGUCGAAUAAGGCGCAGACCAUGAAGCCCAUCGACUAUCGCAAGCUGAACAAGCCCGGUGUGGUGCCGAUGUACAUCUUCGAGUGCGCUGCCAAAUUGAAAAUGAAACCCUUGACGGCUGCAUGUGCGGCCAUAGUCUACCAUCGUUUCUUCCGGGAAGUCAAGGCCAGCGACUACGAUGAAUUCCUCAUUGCCGCCUCCUCGUUGUAUCUGGCUGGCAAAAUCAAGGACGACGAAAGCGUCAAGAUACGCGAUGUAAUCAACGUGGCAUAUUGCACCCUGAACAGGGGUAAUGCUCCACUGGAUCUAAACGAUGAGUACUGGUCGAUGAGGGAUGCCAUUGUCCAGGCCGAGCUGCUCAUCACACGCACACUGGGCUUCGAUCUCAACAUAGAUCUAGCCCACAAGUACUUACUAUACUACAUGAAGACCCUACAAGACUGGGUGGGCGCCGAGGUGUGGAACUCGGUGCCCAUUGCCAAGGCCGCUGCCUCCUAUCUACAGGACUUUCACCACAGCGCCAAUAUCCUCAAGUACAAGCCCACCCAUGUUGCCAUUGGAUGUCUAUCGCUGGCCCUUCAGACCUACGGCAUCCAGGUGCCGCUCACCGACGAGUCCGACGAAUCCACCAUGUGGUACAAGCCCUUGGUUAAGGACUUCACCCGCGAAAAUCAGUGGGAGAUUAUUGAGAACGUGAUCGAGGUGUACCGGCAUGAGGCCUUCCUGAAGGCCGCCUAAUCCCUCCGAGACUGCCAAAUCCAUUCCUUGUUCCAUCCGAAUUUAUUUAUUUUCCCUUCACACCUCAUAAGCCUAUCUCAGUCUAUGCGCGACAUGUGCUCAUAUGUCCACUGCAUUUACAUGCUUUUAACAAAACAAAUAAAACUACCUGGAAUGAUAUGAUAGUAUGCUCGAAAGACGAGACUUACUAUUGGUUAUCACCAGAACCGACAUCUUA